GAUCUGAUGCACUUGGAGCACUACGUCAAAUAGUGUCUGGGAAUAAAUCGCAAUUGACAAAAGGUACAAAGAUUCAGGUUCACCCGAGGGAGUGUCGAUUACCUGCAGCAUCUCCUGGAGGAAACUCCAUCAUUUUGAUGAUUGAGUGGAGUGAACGAAGAGCUGGACGACACCUUAAAUAAUAAAUCACCUCAUUCAACAGAUUACGAUUAUCAUCAUGGCAUUGACAAAUGUCUUGUUGAUAAGCCAAAUUGCAGGAUACGUUGUUGCCCUCAUCCUGUCCCUCUGCAUCUUUGUACCGAUAAGUCUUCAUCAGUACGAGUUCAAGGGUCACUGCCUCCUGUUCUCCACUGGUAUCUGGCGUGAAACUGAUGGACAAUUUGCUGUGCAAUGGGCAUCGGCAGCUUAUUGCCAUUACACGUCCUUCGUUGGACUGCAGCUCCUGGUGACAUCAAUUAUUCAAAUAUACGGAUUAUCAAUGCUGAUGUACAAGGACGAAGACAGCUCCUUCCUGUCAGCCUUCAUCGACGUCGUCGUCUCGAUUGUCACGACCAUAAUCACCCUGGUGAAUGCUAUAAUUAUCACCCUGGGCUUCAUGACCUGGUGUGGAUGCAUGACAAAGCGUUUUCCAUCUUGUGAACAGGCAGCUGGCAAUGACAUCGACAAGGCUGAUGGCAUUGACACGUCAGGAUUUCACAUCGAGCUGGGGGUAGCCCAAUUCGGCGCCUGGAGCAGUCUCUCUAUCUGGGUGGGACUCAGUGUUUUUGCUGUUCUCAAAUUGCUGAGGUAUCAUCAGCUGGAGAACAUGAAGGUUUCCAUGUACAGGGAGAGGCAGAGGCUCAUCGGAGCUAAUGACAAUUCCACUUCGGUUCAGGAAAUCAGUUAAGAAUGUCCGGAGGACUCUGAAAAUGAGUUUCGGGUUAAGGAAUCAUUGGAAUAAUUCUUUUACCUAAAUUAUUUCAGUAAUUAAUUAAUUAAUUAUUAACGGAUUAAUUGAUUUAAUUAUUUGAUAUGUUGAUUUGGUCUAAUCAAUCGAUUUCAGCUGAGUAUAUGAAAUUAUUAACCGGUAAUUAAAUAGGAGUGGCUACUGAAAUUAAUUAACGCAUAGCUGUUAAUUUAAUUGAUUAGCUAAUUAUUAUUAAUGGAGUAGUAGUAUAAUUUUU